AGCGUCGUCAACUCUGACGAUUGAGUAAUUAAAUUUACUCGCAAUUUCUUGGUAAAUCAUCAUGGAGAUAUGAACAAAGAGUUAGUAAUUACGUCAACUGACCGUCUUGAAACCAUUCGUUGAGAUACACAAGUUUUGGGAAAUUUGAAGGUCUUGAUAGUCCAGCCCUAAGCCCUGUCCGAUGAGGACAAGAAGACUUCAGCCACUUGAGACGUUACAACUAAGAAUGGCCUAGGCUAUGGCUGAGCCCAUGGCGCAAUCGUCAGAGAAACUACGAUUGGCUGCCAGCAAGGGACAAGUGGGUUACAUACGAGAGCUUGUCAAGGCCGGGGCUGAAUUCACACCGGACAAGUAUGGACGGACAGCCGUCCACUAUGCAGCCAACUAUGGUCAGAUUGAGGCUAUCAAGCUCUGCGUACAUCUCGGCUGUGAGCUGGACACUCAAGAUGUGUAUGGAUGCACCCCUUUACACCGAGCAGUGAUUGAUAACCACCAGGAUGCGAUCAAAGCAUUAUUGCUGGAGGGGUGUGCAGUAGACAGACAAGAUGAGAAUGGGAAUACAGCACUACAUGAAGCAGCAUGGACUGGAUAUGAUGAAAUAGUACACCUAUUGGUCAAGCAGGGGAAAGCAAAUUUACAUGCAGGAAAUAAGCAUGGUAACCGACCCCUUCACCAAUCAUGUCAGAACGGUCACAGUGAAACCACACGGAUACUCCUACGAGGUGGAUCCCAUCCAAGCAUCAAGAAUAACAAUGGUGAGAGUCCAUUACACACAGCUGCUCUGUUUGGUCACAUCACCUGCUGUAGGAUACUCAUCAGUGCAUCUAGCAACGUCAACACCACCAAUGCGGAGGGGAACACACCUCUUCAUGUUGUCUCUGGUCUUGGAAAGAAGAAGAUAUCCAAGAUAUUGAUAGAAGCCUCUACUGAUAUCAACAUCAAAAACAAUAAUGGAGAUACUGCAUUGGAGGUUGCGAGGAAGAACAACCACGCAGACGUUGUCAUGUUGCUGCUAGCAGCUAUGAAGUUACAGAAAAGCCAGUCGUCACGGCAGCAUCACCACCACCAUCAUCAUCGGAGCAAAUCACCACAUAAACCCCUCACCACUCACCAUGACAGAGAGACAUCAAAGCCAGAGACAGCUCAUCAUCGUAAACACGAUAAGCACACUGACAAAGUGGAUGGCGGGGAGCCUUCAGCGUCUCGUGUGAGAGGCAGGAGAGAACUUCGAAAUGAAGAGACGAAAGAAGAAGAUCCAGAACACGCAAAUAAAGGGGAAGUCAAGAAGCAUACCACCAAACAUUCUGCACAUGCUAAGAAGCCUGUAUCCAGUAUGCACAGAACACAUGAACCCACCGCUCAAAAAACACAUCAACCCACCACUCAGAAACAAGUUACAUUUGUUAAGGAUGAGUUGAGGAACAGACUAUUAUGGGAACAGCAACUCCACCACCAGAUACACAGGGUGCCAGACAAGGGUCGUCAUCACAAACACAAACAUCAUCAGAAGUGUCUGUACAGAGAUGACGGAGGUCAAGUGACCCAGGGAACAAUGAAGGAGACUUGCACCUGUUCAAUUUACAUCCACAAACUACAGAACCAAUUGGAGGCCAGCAAAGAGAAGAUGCUGUCUGAAAUAGAUACCACCAGGGCCCAGUUUGAGCACAAACUCAGUACGUUGGACAAGAAGCUCACCCAUCAGGGAACUUGCCUGGACCAGCUCAGUAAGGAGCGCGUGGCCGCCGAACGGACAGAAUGCCUGCAUCGGAUCGAUCGCCGUAUGCUUCAAGAGAGGGCGCUGUGGUCUGAGGAGUACGAGCGAAGGCUGAGCUAUGUGCGCGAUGAACUCCGGCGUUACUUCGAGGUCAGGUUAAAGACAGUUCAGGAGCAGCUGUCGGUGUAUUACCCACCGAAUGAGAGAAAACCUUUGCAUGGUAACCCUUCUGGUUUUGAUAGGAUCUCGGAAGGAACGGAGGAUUCUUCAGGCUCGGAUAAGGACCCACGAAACAGGUCCAAGUCGGGCAUGUCUGGACAUAGUGGGAGAUUAAUUCCGAGGAGGAAGCAGUCACCGAGUCCAAGUAGAAACAGUACUGCAGUCAGUGUGGACAGGAAUCUAAUCCCACCGAAUAACCUGAGGGUUAAUGGACCGGUUAAUCCACAAGUAUACCCAGGGAGAGACUAUCAACCACAAGGACCUGCCGUUGAUAACUGGGGGCGGUCACGGGCGGAAAGUCGUAACCCCACUCAGAGGGGUAGAAGAACGGGUAGUUUUACACGAGCUUUGCAUCGUAACGCAUCCUCAAGCCCUGAAUUGAGGGCGUAUGACAGCUCACAUAAGGAGCUCGUUUCGGCUACCUACAUCCCACCUAUCGCCCAUCCAGAUCUGCCACAGUCUUCCCAGCCGAGGGAACCAGAGAGCAAGGCUAUUGCCGCUAGCUUUAAUUUCGAGACGGAAUCAAGCGAGGACGAUUCGUCCAGUGAUAGCACAGUCCGUUCCCAACUUCAGUCCCGCCCUCAGAUCAUCUCAAACCACCCAGAGAAGCAGCCCCAAGGCUUGGGGAGUACAUAUUCCGAAGAAAAAGCUAUGUCCACGUCUGAUCGUCCGUUCCAGCGCCUCUCAAAAAUUGCGCUUGAGCAGAAAGCGCAGUACGAGAGUCUCCACAAAUCUCAUGAAACAAUGCACGAGUACGACGCAUCAUGGCAACAGCCCGAAGACGUUCAUAGCGGAACCUACGCACAGCUUACACACAGCUCAUUAACGCAGGAGAUGUACAACCUCCCAUCAGAUGCUUCCACAAAGUCUCUACCUCUGACGUCUUGCGACCAAACCUCCCCGGACAUAGUCUCCCAGUACUCUUCCAAAUACUCGCCGCAACAGUCCUGCGUAUCUAACUCGUCGUCGGGAGUCUCCUCCGGGGACGCGGCGACCACCUCCUCCCGGCGAUCGCGGAGAAAUCCAAUCGACGAUGUCCUGAUCAGAGCUCUAGCCAUGGAGAGGGAGAACAAUAAUGACAAACAGAGUAUCUCUCAAGAGCAGCCUAGGGUAGGAUACCCGGUGGUUGCUCAACAAUCUGUCUAUGUUAAGAAUUUUACACGGAUGGAAAUGGGGCCAUCAGGCGGUAUGCAGAAGACAUCAUCGAGGAAAACACAUGAACUUCAGAUAUGAGCUAAUCUCCAACUCUUAUCAUGCUGUCUCCAUCUUGGUCAUGUUCCUUGUAUCGAAUAACAAUAAUGAAUGCUAAUC